UGCGCGGGGCCGCUGGCAGCACACCCUGCGAAGCUGGGGCAGGGAAGCAAGGAGGGUCCGUGCGCGGCGCCCGGGACGAGGAGAAGUCGGACCUUCGCCGCUGCGGCCGUCCGCGCCCGGCUGGGCUAUUAGCAAAAGAUGGUGGAUCGCUUGGCAAAUAGUGAAGCAAAUACUAGACGUAUAAAUAUAGUAGAAAACUGUUUUGGAGCAGCUGGCCAACCUUUAACUAUACCUGGACGUGUUCUUAUUGGCGAAGGCAUAUUGACUAAGUUGUGCAGGAAAAAGCCCAAAGCAAGGCAGUUUUUCUUAUUUAAUGAUAUUCUUGUAUAUGGCAAUAUUGUCAUCCAAAAGAAAAAAUAUAACAAACAACAUAUUAUUCCCCUGGAAAAUGUCACAAUUGAUUCCAUCAAAGAUGAGGGAGACUUGAGGAAUGGAUGGCUGAUCAAGACACCAACGAAAUCAUUUGCAGUUUAUGCUGCCACUGCCACUGAGAAGUCAGAAUGGAUGAAUCAUAUAAAUAAAUGUGUCACUGAUUUACUCUCCAAAAGUGGGAAGACACCCAGUAAUGAACAUGCUGCCGUCUGGGUUCCUGACUCUGAGGCAACUGUAUGUAUGCGUUGUCAGAAAGCAAAAUUCACACCUGUUAAUCGUCGUCACCAUUGCCGCAAAUGUGGUUUUGUUGUCUGUGGGCCCUGCUCUGAAAAGAGAUUUCUUCUUCCCAGCCAGUCCUCUAAGCCUGUGCGGAUUUGUGACUUCUGCUAUGACCUGCUUUCUACUGGGGACAUGGCCACGUGCCAGCCUGCUAGAUCAGACUCUUACAGUCAGUCACUGAAGCCGCCUUUAAAUGACGUAUCUGAUGAUGAUGAUGAUGAUGAUGAUAGCAGUGACUAAGGGCAUAUUUUGAAAUAUUUAAUUGGGUGUGACUGUCUGAGAAAUCAGCUCUGGGGGAAUGUAAAAUUAUGAGCUUUCUCUCCAUUUUGCUCUUGCCAUGAAUUUGCCUGAGAAAUUUUCAACCUAUGUGCCUCAGUAUACUCUAUAGAAAAUAGGUCCUGUUAUCAUCCCCCUCCCCCCGCAACCUCUCCUUACCUCCCCCAGCUCCCUGUUCUACAGGGAUAGGCUAUUGCAAAUAUAUCAGACAAAUGUUUGGUUUCUUGUUUUAAUUCUAGACUACUUUCUUGGAUGGUUGGGAAGAGACGUUUAACAUAUCAUGUGCUGCAUUGUUGUUUAUUAUAUGUUCUGUUAUAUGGAAAAACUAAAAGCAAAGAAUGAUGGAGAAAGGAGUAAGAUGUGGUUAGUGAAUUAUGUUAUUAGCUUUUUUCUAACCAUCCUAUCUAAAGGUUAAGAUACCAGUAACAGAAAUACAUGUUUUGGAAAUACUUUGACUUUUUCAUAUACCAGGUGGUGCCUUAUCAUAAUAGCACUGUUGCAUGAAAUAAGCCCCUACCUUCUCACUUUUUAGUUUUGUUUUAAAAGUACACUGGUGCUUUCUGAGGUGAUAAAAUGAAUGUUAUAGAUGGGUGUAAUUAGGAAAUGCUUCUCAUUUGACACCUACAAGUAACUAAAUUUUGAGGUCCUUCAUUCUGUAUGAAUAUUUUUUUCAUAAAAUAUUAUUGUUAUUAUAUUUUUACUUUCUAUAGGUACCAAGUUAUAAUUGCCAUUCUUAGGAGUUUGGUUUGAAAUUUACCAAGGGCAAAUGGUCAUUGCAUUAUUUCCACUGACACAUUUUUAGGUAUAAAUUCAUCUGCUUUAACAUUAUUUCAAAAAUGAAAAAUCUUAUACAAUUUCUUGAAAUAUAAACAAUCUCUUUAAAAAAAUCUCAUGCUAGAGCACAGAUAAUAGUUAAAGAUUUGGAAGAAAUAAUCUAGGAGGAUGGUCAGUACAGACCAGUUAAGUUUGAUAGACUUCAUAUCUGUGGAAGUAUUUUCUAUUUCAGUGUGAAACUAUCUAGAAUUUACAAAUAUAGUGUUAUAUUUUAUAAAAUUUUGUAAAGUCCCAAAUAAUAUUUCUAUUUUUGUAAAACAAUGGUAUGUUUUAAUAUGUUUCUGAAAUCAUUUUGCAAUCUAUGGAAAUAGAGUAGCAGUUGAUCUUUCUAAAUUGUGAACUUUAUUGAGUCCAUCUAGAUUGCUUUUGAGAAGGGAUAAUUUUUCACUCUUUGCUUUUGAGGCAGCCAUUAGGUUGAAAGUAUAUUUAUCAUAUAAAACUUGAUGCGUUUUGCACUACUCUCUCCAUUUGUAUGCUGCAAAUAGUCUUUCAAAUAUGAAAAAUCAGCCUGAAGUUUGUUUUAAAUUCUAAAUUCAUUUUGUUUUAAAAUCUUUAAAUCUGGAUGUAUGGGAGAUGUCAUGAGAGGUUUGAUUUAAUAAUUUGUGACAGAGGAUUCUUUGGUUUGGUUAAGGCACUAACUUAACUUUUAAAUUGUGAAAGCACCUGAGAUAGGUCUCCCUGUAGGAAAUGUGAAAGAAAGGCACAGCAGGUAUUUUGUUUGUUUUAAUAUCAUAUGGACUUUUGUUUCUAAGCAAUAUUUACACAUAAUCAAUAAACAUAUCUGAAAAGAACCAUAAAACCUGACAUGUGCUAAUGGAGACUUGGUGGUACAUAGGAACCUAGGAAAUCCAAGAACCAAGGGGAAAUGUUCUGAGAUAACAUUUAUGUUGUCAACCUCUAUUGACUCUGUUUUUACAAUAAAAAGUAUUUUACAACUUUAAAAAAAAAAAA